CCGACGGUGUCAUAUCCAUGAGAAAAUAGAAAGACUGGAUUCCCUCGACCCCUGGGUCCGAUGUCUCGUAUGUGUGACUGAUGAACACGCUCCUCCCGCAAACCUACUACUCGGCUUCCAGGUGAUGGUUUCCCUCCUCGCUUCCCCUUGCUCCCACACCUGGUGUGCCUUGGUCAAAAUGAGAAAUUGGAACAGCAACCAAGGUGGUGUCUCUGCUGUGCAGGUAUUGAAAUGGAGGAGCAUGGCCCACGCCGAAGGCAUGGGCGAUACUGCUGCGACUGUCGUCCUCGGCCGCCAGCAUCACGUGGUAGACAAUCAAGUCUUAGAAGAGUUGACCGUGGACACACAAGGCCACGUGGCUGUGGGGUUUCGUGAUAGCGAGAUUGAUGAUAACUUGGAUUUUGAUCCCUGUGAACGAUGUCAAGGUAUUUUGGGAUGUCUUCUACUCGGACUAGAACCGGAUGUAUACCUGAAGCUUUGGCGAGAAGUCAGGGAAGCAACACUCCGAUCACCUUUGACUGAGCACGGAAGAUGCAGUACCUGCGAUGGACCAUCAAGGAACGUCUCCGCCUGCAUGCAGCAACCGGGCUGCCCUAGUGGCGGGGUUUUGCCGGCCAGAAACCACAGUGGCCGGGAUAUUCUUCCCAGAGAAGGUGUAUGGGACAGGCGCGACCGUAUUUCGACCCGAGCGCUGGGAUCCCACCCACAUGGACAAGGAGCGGCUCAAGCAAAUGGAGCAGUAUUCCCCCCCCUUCGGAGCUGGGACACGCCCGUGUAUUGCAAACAACAUCUCAAUUCUGGAGAUUACCAAAGUCAUCGCGGAACUCGCGAGACGAUAGGAUAUCAAGCCGGUAUCGCAGGGGAUAAACACUGUCAAUCAUUGGUUCGUAAAGCAGAAGGAUGUCAUGGUACACUUGCGGCAAGUAGAGCGGUAAACCGGGUCGGGUCAAGUGCUCCUCAGCGUACUGGUGGAGCAUGACCAGGGAGAUCCAUGGUUCCUGGUAGGCACAAUUCAUCGCAUGUCUAUUCUAGGGUCCGCAGUCAG